AUGCUCCGUACAUCAACAAGUAGUAGCUCUUCAUCAUCAGGUGCAUCAUUAUUAUCGGAGGUUGGAAAGGUAGAUUUGUGGACCAUCACAACAAUUAAAAAACAUUUCAAAUUAAAACAAUUUAAAGAAUGUAUUGGAUGUAUAGGAAAACAAUACGGAACAAGUAUUGACAAUAUUACUUUAAAUAUUAGAAAUUCGCAACUUCAAGAAUUUAUUAUUUCAACACUCAUUCAAUGUUAUUAUGAAAUACAAGAAUAUGAAUCAGUACAUAAAUUAUUUGAAAUUCCUCCAACAAGUUUAUCUCAAAAAACUUUAACUCUCUACAUUCAAUUUUGCAUUAAACUUCAAUUAUUUGACAAGGCAAAAGAAUUACUCGGAAAUGAAUCAAUGAAAACACUUCCUCAACAAGAAAGACAUACAUUGGAAGAUUAUUUGGAACGAGAGGAAUCACAAAUGAAAGAAGCACAAGCCAUUACUGAGCAUCAAAAUAAUUUUAACAAGCUCUCCUACAUGUAUAGAAAUAGUAAAUUCAAACAAUCUGGAGGUGCAUAUUUUGCAGAGCCACAAGACGAGGAUUAUGAUGACGGAGGAUAUUCUGCUCUGCCACCAUCAACAAAACAAGUGACACAUAAGGAAUCAAUACCAGCCACCCAAUCUAACACUUCUGUAACUCAGAAUAAUCAAAAACCAUCAAUUGAAUCACAAUCCAGAAGUAGCAACAGUGGAGGUCUAACCUCACUUACUAGAUAUAUUUUAAAUUUUAUUGGAAAGUAUAAGGUUGAACUUGCAUUACAAGUUGUUUCGUUUGUAUUACUGUAUUGGUUGUUAAAAUAA